CCGAAAAUGGCGAGAAGUGUGUUACGCUAACAAUAUUUUUAAUUUUUAAAAUAAAUCUGAACAUUAUAUCAAAGCAAAAAUCAUAAGUUCAGACGUCAUAAUUCGUGAAUUCAGUUUAAUUAAGGAACAGUUCAUAAAAACUCUACUGAUAUCAGCUGUAAAGCAGCUAAGCAGUAGAAAUGAAAGUGUGGGGAGCUCACGGAGAGUUCUGCGCGCGACACCAAUGGGAGGUGAUCGUGGCUACCUUAGCCCUGCUGGCCUGCGCUGCCAGCGUUGAGAGAAAUGGCCCAGGGAACAGAUCAGAGCACUGCGCAGGGUGGGCCCGCGCCUGCCCAGGCCUCGAAGCCGAGUACCAAGCUGCCGACGCAGUUAUAAUGACCUUCGUCCGCUGCGCAGCCCUCCUAUACGCCUACUACCAAAUCUCCAACCUCCACAAAAUAGCUUCGAAGUAUCUUCUCAUCAUCGCCGGGGUGUUUUCGACUUUUGCCAGCUUCAUCUUCACCUCAGCCCUAGCCAGUUUGUUCUGGAGUGAGUUGGCGAGUAUAAAAGAUGCGCCGUUCCUAUUUUUGUUGGUCGCUGAUGUGGCUAGGGGCGCGAGGAUGGCGAAGGCUGGCUGGUCUGCUGGAGAAGACCAAGGAAAAAGGGUUGGGAGAGCGUUGUCUUUGCUUGGACCCACGGCUACGUUAGACACACUUCUCGCUGUCUUAUUAGUAGGAGUCGGGGCGUUAUCUGGCGUCCCUAGAUUAGAACAUAUGUGCACAUUUGCCUGCCUAGCUCUGUUGGUAGACUAUUUAGUAUUUGUGACAUUCUACCCCGCCUGUUUGUCUUUAGUAGCGGACUUCGCUUCAGGGCGAAAAGAAAUAUCACCUGACAAUCCAUUCUUGGAAGCUGAUUUAAAACCGAACCCUGUUGUUCAAAGAGUUAAGAUGAUAAUGGCUGCUGGACUCUUAUGUGUACACCUGACCAGUAGAUGGCCUUGGAGUGUCGAUAACGGGAUCAUAGAAGGUCCCACAGACACAUUAACCCCUACCCCGAACGACAACGUCCUCCUACAUUCCUACGUGAAAUGGUUCUCAGUCUCCGCUGACUACAUAGUCAUAGCGACACUACUAUGUGCCUUAAUUAUUAAAUUUAUGUUCUUCGAGGAACAUCGAAGCUGGGUCAUUGACAUGAAUGACAUGACCGUGAAAGAAGUCAUUCAAGAGCAAGCAAGAAUUAAGCCGAAAUUCUCAGUUGGAGAUGAUUCUAACUCUGACGUAUCUACUCAGACAGAGGGAGUUUCUGAAGAGGAAUGGCCUACUCUCUCUCCAAGCUCUUCUGCAGCUAAAUUGAACGCGAAGAAGCGUCCAAUGGCUGAAUGCCUCGAAAUAUACAGAUCUGAAGGAGGCUGCAUCUCUCUUAGCGACGAGGAAGUGGUGAUGUUGGUAGAACAAUCACAUAUUCCUCUACAUCGAUUAGAAGCGGUGUUGGGUGACCCACUCCGCGGCGUUAGAUUGCGCAGGAGAGUGGUCGGUACUAGAUUCCAGACCGAGCUAGCUAUAAAACAACUGCCUUACUUAAAUUACGAUUAUUCUAAAGUGCUGAAUGCGUGUUGUGAAAAUGUGAUUGGUUAUGUUGGAGUACCAGUGGGAUACGCAGGUCCAUUGGUCGUUGACGGUAAGGCCUACAUGAUCCCAAUGGCGACCACAGAAGGAGCGUUAGUUGCUUCUACGAAUAGAGGAGCUAAAGCUAUCGGUCCGAGAGGUGUAACGAGUGUGGUAGAAGACGUAGGUAUGACGAGAGCGCCCGCCAUCAAACUGCCAAACGUUGUCAGAGCACAUGAGUGCAGACAAUGGAUAGACAAUAAGGACAACUACGCCUUAAUCAAAGAAGCCUUCGACUCCACAUCAAGGUUCGCUCGCCUGCAAGAGAUCCACAUAGGCGUGGAUGGGGCAACGCUGUACUUAAGAUUUAGAGCGACCACAGGAGACGCCAUGGGCAUGAACAUGGUCUCAAAGGGCGCAGAAAACGCCUUAAAACUCCUCAAAAACUACUUCCCAGACAUGGAAGUAAUUAGUUUAUCAGGAAACUAUUGCUCUGAUAAAAAAGCAGCCGCUAUUAACUGGGUCAAAGGUAGAGGGAAGCGAGUGGUCUGUGAGACUACUAUAACUAGUGACAAUUUGAGGACUAUCUUCAAAACUGACGCUAAGACUCUGGCGCGAUGCAAUAAGAUUAAGAAUCUCUCGGGGUCGGCUUUAGCCGGGUCCAUCGGUGGUAAUAAUGCGCACGCAGCGAAUAUGGUGACCGCCAUUUACAUAGCAACAGGCCAAGACCCGGCCCAGAAUGUGACCAGCUCGAAUUGCUCCACAAAUAUGGAAUGCUGUGGGGAAAAUGGUGAAGAUCUUUACGUGACUUGCACCAUGCCGUCUUUGGAAGUGGGUACUGUCGGUGGGGGCACGAUUUUGACAGGCCAAGGCGCUUGUCUGGAGAUACUAGGGGUGAAAGGAGCUGGGGUUCGGCCAGCUGAGAACUCAGCAAGACUAGCUUCUCUGAUUUGCGCCACCGUUUUAGCUGGCGAAUUAAGCCUAAUGGCUGCUCUCGUCAAUUCAGAUCUUGUCAAAUCUCAUAUGAGACAUAACCGCUCUACGGUAAACGUACAAGCUGUUAACGUUCAAACAGAUACUAUAACUUUAAAAGUACCGACAUUAUAACACAAAGUUAUAUGAAACUUCUCCUCAUCACAGGGGCCUUAUGGAAAAUCAUUCGUUUCAUGCCGUUUUUUGGUACUUUACUGAAUCAAUGUGUAGGGCGUAGCACUGUGCUUAAUUUAGCCUUUAGCGAUGUGAGAAGCCUGGUUUAAGAAAAGCUAGAUGGUAAUAAGAAAUCAUGUUAAUCAAGAAUUUUAUUCUUCAUUUUGAAUUUUGACAAUCUACAUUUACAAAGUGUAUUACAAGGAUCAAGGACGAUGAUAAAAAGGCGGGCAUAAUGUAAUAUAAUGUAACUUAUAAAUGGUUGAAGCUGUCAAUGGGUUAUUUUAUGUGUGCGUGUGUAAUGGGUUACCACGUUACCAGACUUAGAAAAUGAGAUGUCCUUCGUGUCAAUGUGUUUAUAUUCUGCGUGUAAGUCUAUAAGAACCAGGUGCCACAGUCGUUGUUUCAAGAUACUGUCCGCCUUUUUGUCAAAAUUCUUAUUUAAUUAUUUGACGUUUGGCAAAAAGGAACAAUAUUGGCGCCAUUUUUGCUUUCUUUUUUCAUAUGGCAACUCUUAACUGUUAAAGAGGCUUUUUUCCACUAUCUAUAUGUAAAGUUGCCAUUGAAAAAAAUUUAAUAUUCAUUUCUUUUUUUGCCAAUAAACUAAAUACGUUUAACAGUGAUUUUUUUACUUUUUUAACAACAUGAGGAUUCGGUGGCCUAUUAUAAGCAAAGUAAUAUAUUUUUAUGUUAUAUCAAAAUGGUAUUAUCGAAUAUAUAUUUAGUUUAAUGUCUGCUAAUGCUGCAAAUGUGAAUCGAGAACAUAAAUUUUAUUAAAUAGUUGUUCGUUCAAUAAAUUUACUUUGAAUGU